UACUCAUUCCUAAUACCUUAUAUGCUUGCUUUUUGGUCAGAAAAUUGUAGUGUUUGGAAUAUAUUAUGAUACGAAUGUAUGGGCCUAAUGCCCAUUAGAAAAGUCUUAAAUAUCCGACCCGACCCGACUCGUUUUUUUUUUUUGUUACCGCCAUAUAAAACCCUAAUUCAAUUUUCUGCUCUGUUCUCCUUCUUCUCCCACAAGGUUGCCAUAAACCUUUCUCUUGUGCACUCUCCCUUCGAAUUUCAAAUUCGAUCGACUCAUUCCUGCCUGUAGACUUUGUUCUUUUGGUUUAUUUAACGCGAUGGAUCGCGAAAGCAUGUGCGACUCUGACGAUGACGACGAUAUCGGUGAAGAUCUUGAAGAGUUAAGACGCGCAUGUAUCGUCUCCGAUUCCAAUUCUGGCAGAGGGUUACCGUCUGAUUCUGAAAACGAAGACGACUUCGAUAUGCUUCGAAGAAUCAAAACUCAAUUAGCUUCGUCGCCGGAUCAUCCGAUGGGUUUAUCAUCACUGCCCUCUGAUUCAGACAAUGAAGACGAUUUUGAGAUGCUUCGGAGUCUUAAGAGACAAUUGGCACUUCCCGUGGACCAAGAAGACGAAGAUGAUGAAACCCUUCUCGCUAUUUGUAAGCGAUUCUCUUCUUAUGAAAACUCAGGUGUGGAAGGAAAUGUCUCGAAUGAGUCUUCUCGCAAGCAGGUACAUGCCUCGUGUAAUGAACCUUCAAGCGAAAUAUUGAGUAGGUCUAACACUUGUGAAAGCUUUUCAGAGGAUAUAGAAGCUGGCAACACUUCCGUUGAGCCUCCUCUUACCCUUGCUUCAAGUACUUUCCCUGAAUCAGCACAAGCCUUUGUUGACGCGAUCAGGAAGAAUAGGUCGUAUCAGAAGUUUCUUCGAUCAAAACUGGGAGAAAUCGAAGCGACGAUUGAGAAGAACGAGAAGCUUCAGAAAGACGUUAAGAUUAUUGAUUGUUUCGCAGUUUCUUGCAAGAGAAGGAUGAAGCAGCAGGCGUUUUCUCAGGGUAAAGAUCCACGUUUCGAACUAAUCUCAAUACGAAGACCUAGGACUCAUGAUAGCUCUGAGGGUACUGGUGAAAAGACAUCUCCUUUGACGUUAGGUCCAUUAGAAAAUCCUUGUGUUGCAAGUUAUAGGGUGGCAUUAGAGGAGUAUCCAGUUUCAGUGUGUCGCACGAAUUGGUCUGCUAAGGAGAACGAAGAUCUUGCAAAAGGUCUCAAACAACAGCUUCAGGAAACAGUCAUUCGUGAAGCUACUGAACGGUCCAGUGACUUGGAAGGGUGUUCAGAUGAUAUAGACACCAUUCUUGAAUCAGUGAGUAAUCUUGAGAUCACACCAGAAAUGAUUAGGCAGUUUCUUCUGAAAGUUAAUUGGGAUCAGUUGGAUAUCAAGAACCGUUCUGCUGCAGAAUGUGAAGCCCGGUGGAUGAGCUCGGAAGAUCCAUUGAUCAACCAAGGUCCGUGGACUGCAGCAGAGGACGAUUACAUACGCUUAGUUACCCAAAACAAGAGUGUUACAGAAUGGCUUGACGUUGCUGUUUCACUGGGGACAAAUAGGACCCCGUUUCAAUGCUUGGCUCGAUAUCAGAGAAGCUUGAAUACAGACAUACUGAGAAGAGAGUGGACUCCAGAAGAAGAUAACCAACUUCGUGCUGCAGUAAGCUUGUUUGGCGAAAAAGACUGGCAAUCUGUUGCAAAUGAAAUGGACGGUAGAACUGGAACUCAGUGCUCUAAUAGAUGGAAUAAGUCGCUUGUCCCAAGCAGGAAGAGGGUAGGGAAAUCAAAUUCAAAGGAGGCCAAGUGGAGCUCAGAGGAAGACAAACGUCUGAGAGUAGCUUUGACAUUCUUUGGAGCUAAAAAUUACAAUAAAAUUGCUCAGUUUGUUCCUGGAAGGACACAGUCUCAGUGUCGAGCGAGAUGGAAAGAUUCUUUAGAUCCCAGACUAAACUUUGGGAGCUGGACCGAGGAAGAGGUUACAAAGUACAAUGAAGCAGUUAAAGAACAUGGUGAUAGUAACUGGUCCAAAGUCGCUUCACAUGUUUAUUCUCGUACUAGCAAGCAGUGCUCAAGGAGAUGGGAGACCUUAAACCCUCACCUAAAGCUUCUUAAGAAAGAAGCUUUGAGGUUAAGAAGAGAAGCUACCAUAGGUAACUUUGUUGAUCGGGAAUCAGAGCGUCCUCUUCUUGUUGCAAGCGAUUUUUUGGCACUAGCUGAGAGAUCUUUCGAGCCAGAACCCGCACUGAAGAAGAAACGCAAAGCAAGACAGAAGAAGGCAGAUGCAGAAUGCGAGAGUGAAGCAGUUUGUGAUGAUACAGAGAGACAACCAAAGAGGAGGAGAAAAGGAUUAGAGAGAUGCUCAGGAGAUGGAAAGGAGAAGAAACAAAGACGAAAACGCAAAGCUGUUGCAGGAACAUCAUCAUCAGAUAACAGCACUGUGACCACCAACUGCUCCCAAGUCAAUGUUGGUAUAGAGAAGCUUAAGCCUAGGAGGAAAGUGUCUGCAGUAGUUCCCAUAGAGAAUCAAGAUGCACUAAACUAGGAUUUUUCCUUUGAUGCUCUUGAAAAUUUUGUAUGUACAC